UAAUAUUAUAAUCAACCCCAAACAAGGCUGCGCACCGUUCUGCAUCAAACCUCCACACCUCUCUCUCUCUCGUGAUCUCGAAUUCCAUUUCACGAUCUCCUUCAAACCAGGUACGCUCUGAACUAUUCAAUUCCGCUUCUCCGAUCUCCACAACAACAAUCUCAACUAUUCAAUUCCAAAUUUUUUUCCAUAUAGUCUUUCAAUUCUCAUCAUUUGAGUUCACAACCCCAAAAAAAAUUCAAGAUCAUGAACAACUACGACUUCGAUUUCGGAAUCGGCUCGAACCGUUCUCGAUCUCUCAACGAUCGCAAGAACCCAACAACAUCUUCCUUCUCAUCUUCUUCAUUCGCAUCUACGCAAUCGAAGCCCAAUACGACCUCGUCUUGGCAACCCAGACCCUCCUGGACUCACCAGCCGGUGUCGAACCAGCCGCCGAGUGCUCCGACCUCGAUGGUCGGUGACAUCUUCGGGAAGAGCUGGGGUUCUCCGGCUGCGGCGACGCCUAGUGCCACCACCGCCAGUAUUGGGAUUGUCAAUAACAAGAACCCUAAUUUGUUUGGUGACCUUGUUAGCUCUGCUAUAGGGCAAAAUAAGGGCAAUAGCAAUGUGCCUUUGAAGAAUGCAACCCCUGUUUCGGCACCGGGAUCGAAUAAGGGUCCGUUUUCAAUGGGGAAUAUGGCGGAUUCGCUCCCAAAAACCGGUGAUUCUGGGAGUAAUUGGGGUUCUUCCAAGGGUUUUGGGGGUUAUACUGGUGGAUACAAUAGUAGUGGCAAUAGUACUGUGAAUAAUAAUAUGAAAAGUGUGAAUCUUGGAGGUCCUUCAAUGAAGAGUGGUGGAGGUGGGAUGGGUUUGAAUAAGGACCCAUUUGGUUCUUUGGUUGAUUUUGGAUCGAAGUCAGCAGGCGGUAUGAAUUUCUUAUUUUCAGGAAAAGGCAAUGAUAAUAAGAAGUCCAAUUCAGGCAAUGAUGCAUUUGGAAAUUUUCAAAAUGCUUCAAAAUCAAGCACACCCGCAUUUGCAGCAAACCCGUUUCCUGAGUUUAAGAACAACUCGAUGGGAUCGAAUUCUAGUUCUUACUCGAAAAUGGACGAUUUUGCAAUUCCUACUUCUCAGAAUCAGCCUCCUGUUCAGUCCUCCGGUGUUGAUGCCUUUGAUUCUCUGUUUACCUCAUCCUCAGCCUCGGCUGGAGCAGCUCCUAAGGGGUCUGAAGGAGUUGGGAGCCAGCAAUUUUCGGGUGCUGACGAUUGGGGGAUGGAUUCAGAGUUUGGGGGAGGGAAAGAUAUGGGUGGGACGACUGAGCUUGAAGGGCUUCCUCCACCGCCUGCUGGUGUUUCAGCCUCCGCUGCAAAAAACAAGGGGAUGGAUAAUUACAAACAGGGGCAGUAUGCUGAUGCCAUAAAGUGGCUUUCGUGGGCUGUGAUUCUUCUUGAGAAGACUGGUGGUGGUGCUGCUUCCAUGGAGGUCUUGUCUAGCAGGGCUUCAUGUUACAAGGAAGUUGGGGAGUAUAAAAAGGCUGUGGCAGAUUGUACAAAGGUGCUAGAACAUGAUGGUGAAAAUGUAGCUGUCCUUGUACAACGUGCACUUUUGUAUGAGAGUAUGGAAAAGUACAAACUUGGGGCAGAAGACCUCCGGACUGUCAUGAAAAUUGAUCCUGGUAACAGGGUUGCAAGAAGUACCGUUCACCGCUUGACUAAAAUGGCCGGCUAGAGAAGUUUCUUCUUCUUCUUCUUCUUCUUCUUCUUCUUCUUCUUCUUCUUCUCUUUUUUAGUUUUUUCCUUUUGCCCAUACGGUUGAUAGUUUUAUUCACCCUCUUCACAUCAAUGUGUUGGGGAAUAAUAACAUUCUGCUUGGAAACAUGUUUAUUCUUUAUAUGUUUGACCUGUAAUUUUACAUGUAUGAUUUGUUGUAUUUCAUGUCUUUGCUGGUUGUGAGUUGACAUUCUCUUUCUUUACUAAUUUAAAUUGUCUUUUGGAUUGUAAA